ACGAAAACAAAAUACAGAAGACAAAUUGCAGAGACUGUUAUAGUAAGAGUUGUUCCGCGUCUUGGAAUUCUCUCAUAAGAUUUUCUUGCAUCUUUAGGGAAAUGAAAAUCUUGGGAACACUUGUUUUUUCAACUCCGCAUUGCAGGCGUUGUAUUUCACAAAAUCGUUCAUGGAAACUCUUCUCUGCCUGGAGCGACCAUCGGCAUAUUUUGAUAGUAUGGAAUUAACGAAGAAGGUAUUGGAACUCCUUAAAAAGCAACGUAUCCAGCAUGGAAGCCAUACUAGUGAACUUAGAGGCGUUUUAAAUGCUGUAACACGCAUAAAUAAUCAGUUUGGUCAUGGAACACAAGAAGACAGUUACGAGUUGUUAAAUACUCUGCUCGGGGGAAUAUUUGAUGAGCUUAAAUCAUAUGAUGAGAAAAGACAGUUGCAUGCGACAGAUGCUGAUACCGAUGAAAAGUCGAUUGAUGCCAGGAAGCUGUUUGCUGGGUUGUUUGUGACGAUCUACGUCUAUGACUCAUGCGACGAUGUUGAAGUUGUUUUAGAGGAAUUUACAAGCUUGAGCAUCCCCGUGGUAGAAGAAUUGGAACCCGAAUCUCAUAAAUUAUAUCAUCGCGGUUUACAAACGCUUUCACUGGACAAACCAGAGCUGGACAUUGAGAAAGGUCUCGCCGUCUUAACACAGACAGAGGAUUUCGAAGAGAGUGACUUACCCUGUCGAAAGUGCAAUACAAGGGGAUCACGCAAGGCUUACCGACGGCUGUUAAUUUUUCAGCCCCCUCCUGUUCUUGUGAUACACAUCGAUAGAUUCAAGAUGAAUAAUGUCAACAAUCUUGAGAAGAACACAAAAUGUGUCAAAUAUCCACGGAUGCUUAACAUAGCGAAAUUUUGCUCAUCUGCAAACACAGAGAUAUCUGCAAAUGAGUUAGUCUACGAACUUUAUGCUGUGAUAGUCCAUACAGGUGCGAUUUAUCAUGGUCACUAUUUUGCUUACGUCAACACCACGAGGCGACAUGACGCAGUUAGAUGGCAAAAAUAUCUCAGAAGGACUAUGGGAAAUUUAGAAAAAUUACAAUGCGAGAUAGAAACCUUCUUGGAGCAAAAACGUGAUAAAAGAACUAAUACACAAUGCGACGAGCUUCUCGAGGUGAAAGAUACAUGGUUUUUUAUAAGCGAUCAAACCGUUCGCUCAGUAGAUAGAGCCAAAGUUUUAGGUCUUGAGGAUGCAUAUAUUCUCUUUUAUGAAGAACAAUAAUUAGAACAAACGAGCUUACACAAAUGGUUCAUGAAAUUAUUAUUUCUAUGUCAGGCAGGUGAAAUAUGACUUGCAUACAAUGAAGGUAUUCAAUAUGUAAAACGUAUACGGUACCAAUUUUAAUGCACCAGAUGCGCAUUUCGACAAGUAAUGUAUCUUCAGUGAUGCUCAACCAAAAUGUUUGAAAUCCGAAAUAACUAUGAAGUCUUAGAGCUAAAUAUAGCCAAAAACAGCGUGCCAAAAAAGUGGAGCCAAAUUCGUCCAAGGAUAAGAGCUAUGUAUAAGGGAGAUAAUCCUUAAUUUUGGAAUGGAUUUCUAACUAACAGCAAGUAAAUUUACAUCCGUAUUUUCAAGCUAGUAACGAAGUACUUAACUACUGGGCUGUAGAGACCCUCGGGGACGAUUUUUAAGGAUUUAAAACAAACAAAAUGUUUAUUGCUAAAUAAUGAUGAAAGUGAAGUACAUGGAAUUCACAUGACUGGUUAGACCCUGACCUUUUUGCACUUAAGUUUUUUAAGUUAUCCGACCUUUAUGAAAAUAAGAAAAAUCUAAUUUUCUAAAAUUGAGUAUCAUAAAUGAUCAAUUUUAUUUCAUCUUUUCAUAAAGAGAAAUUGUAUGUCACUUUCUACCAAGAAAUUUGUAUGAACAUGAUUUUUUUUUAAAUGUUCAAUAAGAUAUGCACAUUCCAUUGACUUCAGUCUAGGUGAAAUAGAUGAAGUAGUAAGCAAAAUUUUGAAAAUUCCUGCGGUGGAUUAUUUUUAUUUGAUGAAUCCUUCAAAAUGAUGAUAUAAUUACCAAAAUACCGCAAUCGAUAUAUUAGAUGAAAUAUGGUCAUUAUACAGUGUCCGGAAAUUCAUUUCAAAAUUAUGGAUUAUCUCCCUAAUGCAUAGCUCUUAUCCUUAGAUGAAUUUGACUCCAGUUUUUGGCACUCUGUUUUUCCCUAAAAUAGCUCUUUCAAAUUUAUUAAAAUUUCAGUUAAUCAUCACUGAAAAUACAUUAUUUGUGGAAAUGAGCAUCUGGUGCAUCAAAAUUUGUACCGUGUAAGUUUUCCAUUAUGGGAGUUAUGAGAUUGAUCACUGUUUGUUAUCUUCACCUUUCAUUAAAUACAUUAAUCAAAUGCAUGUGUAAUAAAUGAUAUGUUUUCAGUCAUAAUGAUAGUUAUCUUCAGUCUUGUUUGUUAUCAAAUGCCUACUGUUAUUUUCUUUGCACCGUGUAUGUACAGUAAUAACGACAUGUUAAUGAUUAAUAAUUCAGACAGGAACAUAAGCUAAUCAGUGAUCCGUUACUUUAGUUUGUUGUUAACAUCUAUGUUCAAUAAAAUAUUUACAUACAAAUCUGA